AUGUACGAAGGGAUUGACAACCUGAAAUCCCUUUACGACCGUGCCGGAAAGACUUUCUCCGGCGGUCCUUCUGCGGCACAGGAUGUGCCGCGUCGUACUGCUCAACCAGACCCAGUACGUCGAUCAUCAGUUGGGAACGGGGCUCCCAAGAAUCCCAGGACGGGGGAUAGCCGCGCCACCGGACGAGAUAACUCGUCCGACGUCCGUUCACGUCGCGGUGGUUCAACAGCUGCUCAACUAGAUAGCGCUGGCCACCGCGAGAGUCCUCUAAUGGAGGUGGAGGAGGAGGAAAGACGCUCUCCACACGAUCAUGUGGAUCGGUGUGUUCCCGAGAGCUUCUUUGAUCGCGUAACGCAAGGGUUACGCGACGAUCUCGAACAUGAGCGGAAUAGGCGUCUCCAAAUGGCGGACACUGCCUCGAAGCAUCGAGCUGAGUUUGCCUUUGCUCAGCUCGAGAACGAGAGAUCUCUGACAUCUCUUCGUGACGAGCUAAGGGUAGCUCGUGGGAUUGUUGAUCGGUCUCGGGCUGAGAUAACUGCUCUUCAGACCCUUGUUGAUGCCCACCAUCGGGAGCACAAGGCUCUCUGCGAGAUGCUUGAGCGCAAGGGCGUUCUUCAUCGGAAGAAGCAGCGUACUGAUGGUACGGCUUAA